AUGGCCGGCUUGGCAGCGACGGUCUAUGGAAAUGAUCAAUCUGUACGGGUACAGGGCUAUCUGAGAUGCGAGGGGAAGCCAUACGCCGAUGCGAGGGUGAAACUAUUCGACAAAGAUACUUUCACCCCCGACGACAAGCUGGCCGAAACGAAGACCGAUUCCCGCGGCUACUUUGACAUCCAAGGCGUCGGCCAUGAAGUCACCCGGUUAAACGCCAUAUUCAACCUCUACCAUCGCUGCGGAAUGACUGUCCCGGUCUGCUACUAUAAGAACAGCUUCAAGAUCCCGUUCGACUACGUGACCUCUGGGCGGAAUCCCGACAAGAUCUACGAUGCCGGAACCAUCGAGCUGUCGCUUCUCAAGAAAGACCGCGACUGCAUCAACAAGUUCAACCGGAAA